UAUUGUGAAUUCAAGCGAAGAAUUGUCAUCUAGACUGUCAAAGCAGUAAAUAUUUAUAUGCGUUUGUGGUUCUUCUCGUGCUAGCGAGAUGGAUAUUUUGAAGGCGGAAAUUGCGAGAAAGCGGAAGCUACUAGAGGAGAGAAAAUUAGUGGAUGAAAAGAAAAAAUAUUUCAAGCGCGGCGAUCUGAUCGCUCAGCAACAAAAGGAAAUUUUCAAGAAGCUCGGCGAGAAAUCUGAUGAUAAAUAUUUGGACGAGUCGGGAUCAUUAGUUGCAAAUGAUCGAUCAAGCGACGUUUUAGGCGACGAAACUAAAAUCCUUCCACGACAAGAAGUCAUUCGGCGUUUGCGGGAGCGUGGCGAGCCAAUUUUACUAUUCGGAGAAACGGAAAUUCAAGCUUUCCGACGACUUCGACAGUGUGAAAUCUCUCAACCAGAAUGUAAUCGGGGCUUUCGCAAUGAUUUCCAAGAAGCCCUGGAGCAAGUGGACGCAGCCUACCUGAACGAACUACUUUCUCAUACACAAACCGCCAAGUCAGAUGACAAAAAGGAAGAGUUCCAAAUCGACGAUUCAGUCACCUAUGAAUCCAUUCAAGAAGUAGCAAAAGAUAUUGGCCGCGGGAAUAAGGACAAUGACGCACAAGUAAUUACAACGUUUCUUCAGUUUAUCCUCAAAUUGUGGCACGAUCAGCUUAAAUCGUAUUCACCGCAAGAAAAAAUAUCGGUGAAAGCGAAAACAGCACGAGUCAUCUUUACACAAACGCGUGAAUACAUGAAACCACUAUUUAGAAAGUUGAAAAAUAGAACAAUCCCCGAAGAUAUUCUUGAUAGUUUGCGCGAUAUUACCAAACAUUUAUUGAAUCGGAACUACAUUGCGGCAAGCGAUGCUUAUCUCGAAAUGGCAAUUGGAAACGCUCCAUGGCCUAUUGGUGUAACUAUGGUUGGUAUUCACGCUCGUACCGGACGCGAGAAAAUUUUCUCAAAGAACGUAGCGCAUGUGAUGAACGAUGAAACUCAAAGAAAGUAUAUUCAGGGGUUGAAACGAUUGAUGACCAAAUGCCAGGAAUAUUUCCCAACUGAUCCAAGUAGAUGUGUGGAGUAUGUUGGCAAGAAAUAAGUUAUUAUAUGUAUGUAUAAAGUAUAAUUAAAGUUUAGUAUCGUG